UUUUCAAGCUCACGAAUACAACUAAAUCAUGACAGAGGUGUAUGGGACGAUCGCUGGCCGACACAUGAGCUAUGAUUCAGAAAGCGACGAGGAAUCUGCUAUAGGAAGCAGGAGGAGCGCGGAAUUGAAUGAUAUAGUGCUGUUGCCCAUCUCGAAAGAAAGCCCAAAUAGAUCGACAACAAAACAAGCUUUAUCUGACCCGAUUCCGAGCAGUUUUUUGGAACAAGAAAAUGCGAUAUUGCAUUUUAGGGAUCGUUUCAGAGGCAAAGGUCGGGAAAAGGUUGGAAUUCUGGAAAGUAUCAAAGCUAUUGCUCUAAGUUCAUGGCUUAAUAUAUUACUAGUCAACAUUCCGAUCGCUUGGGUGUCCCACUUUCUGGAAUGGCAUCCCUCCAUUACUUUCUCAUUGUGCUUCCUUUCAAUGGUCCCCCUGGAACGCCUUUUCGAAUAUGGUGGUGAACAGAUGGCAUUUUACUGUGGACAGAGCUUAGGUGAACUUGUUUCAAUCACCUUGAACAACGUAGUGGAAGCCACGUUGGCCGUAAUUUUGCUGCAGAAAUGCGAGUUGAAGCUUUUGCAGUCCACCAUCGUAGGUGUCGUUUUGCUACACCUCCUCCUAGUUCCCGGUGCUACGUUUUUAACGGGAGGAGCUCGGAUCAAGCAUCAAAAACUCGAGUCUGCCCGCGUACAGCUGAACCACACGCUACUGACUGUUGGAGUAAUGGCUCUUUUACUUCCAGCAGCAUUCUUUUCUGCUUUAACUCCUACUACCCCCACCGCUGUCUCUAGUUCUUCAUCCGAGGCUGCUGCUAUACAGGGAGCUUCGGCCGUUAACCAGGUACACAUCUUAGCCAUGAGCAGAGGGAUGGCAAUCAUGCUUCUGAUCAUCUAUAUUUGUUCUCGCGUAUUUUUUCACCGACCUCCUGGGAGAAAAAAUGUCCUUAGCGAUGAUCCUGAAGCCUCUGAAGAGUUCACGCGCAAAGAACACGAGCUUAGAAUUUCGGAGCCGGAAGUCAACCCAUGGGUUUGUCUUGCUUUCCUCGUUGUAACCGUAGGGAUAAUGGCAGCGACAGCCGAGUGGCUAGUGGACAGCAUCGACUUCGUGAUGGAAAGUGCAAAACUAACCGAAGAAUGGUUUGGUCUCAUUCUUUUACCUAUCGUCUCCUUUUCAGCCGAUGGAGCCAUAGCCAUUGGUCACUAUAUCAAGGUCUUGUAUACAUACGUGCGCUACAAAAUGCCUAUCCCUCCUUCUCCCCUUGCCAAAUCGAAAACCAUCGAUCUUAGCAUCCAAUUUACGCUUUUUUGGAUGCCAUUUUUAGUCCUCAUGGGAUGGUGGACUGGGAAGCCUAUGUCGCUGCUGUUCGAUUUCUAUGAUGUGGUCAGUUUAAUUGGAGCAUGUUUUUUAGUAAACUACGUAACUGCCGAUUCCAAAACGAACUGGGUGGAGGGCCUCAUAUUGCUUUCAUUCUAUGUCAUGAUAGGAUUGUGUACGUGGUUUUAUGAGGGCCAGGCCGACCUUGAUAGCUUGCUCGUGUGUUAGAAUAUCACUCGACUUGAUAUUUUUCAUUUUGUGUUCACUCUUUCAUUCAAUCUUUUGGGUGCUUUCGAUGCAUAUAUAUCUAGUUUCUCUGUUUUCCAGUUAAAAUCUACUCCCACGUGUUGAUGAUGAGCAAAUAACAUAAUAUGUACUAGGUCUUGCUGCCUUGGUCGAGCAUAUCCAUUUCCCUGUUUAGUGUAUAGCCUGAAACCUUCCUGCCCAAUGAUUCGACUGCCUGCUGUACGAUGGCAGUGGCACGACUUCGGAUCAUCUCCAUUUGUUGUUUGCUUGCGCCCAUCUCCAGCUCAACUUGUGGAGCAUCUUGAGCCCAAGUAGCUGUAUCUCCCAUCCAGCCGCCCAGAUUGGUUUCAUCGCCAAGAUGGCGUCGACCCUUCUGAUCUCCGGCUAUAUGCGCACUAUUUGUAUCCGUCUUAUGUGAAAUCCCAGGAAUCACCUGUAGCGCAGACGUAAUUUCUUUCGCAGGAAGAGGUUCACCAAAAGUGACGGAGAGUUUAACUCCAUAUUUAGGGAAGAAUUUGUACGGGAAUGAUCUGUGCUCUGGCAUUAGUUUGUCAAAACCUGAAGUUCUUGUCAGUGUCAGCACGCUCUGCAUAUCACAACCAUACCACUGAGCCACAUCGGAAUAAUAACAGGAGGAACUGCUGUUUCCAUUAAUAUGCGUCCUCUGUUAUUGGUCGAAUCCAUGAGAAAAAGAUGAUCAUUGGAUUGUUAGAACU